AUGUCCAAAGAUGCAGUACUGGCCGUUCCGAACGUAUGGAAGCCUGAGCUGUAUAAAAUACAGCUUGACGCUCCCACACCGAAACCUGUGCUAUGCGAGCGGGACGACAUAAUGGGACCCACCCGGUACGGCAAGGAGUAUCACGGCACGAUGGGCCACAAAGAGUGUGAACUAAUGCUGAAAGACAAACCGGAGGGUAGCUAUCUGGUUCGACGAAGCCCUGGUGCAGAUAACUACUACACGCUCAGUCUGCGUUUUGGGCAGACAACGAAACAUUUCAAAAUAUUUUAUUCACCCGAAAAAGGCCACUUUCUGCGGGAGAACUUCAAAAAGUUCGAAACCAUCCAGGAGAUGGUGGCUGAUGGAUUAGUGGAUUUUUACAUGCGCUUGCAUGCGGCCCCAAUUUUGAAGGAAAUGAUGAGUCAAACCAAAAAAUGCUACGAACAGAGUCCGUACAUGACGCUUCAUCGGCGGAAGCUACGCUCGUUGUGUAGCAAACCGAAUAAACUGCCGAUGGUGCAAGACAGUCUAGAGACGGCCGACACGGAAAUAGCGGACGAAUGGGAUACCGGUGAGAUGGGAUUGGAUCAGGCGUCGAACGAUAAAUCAGAUCCAUACGACAAUGCGUAUCCGGAGUAUGAAAAGCAGCAUGCGUUCAAGACUCACACUUUCAAAGGUUUGAAUUGGUGCGAGUUUUGUGCCAAUUUCCUGUGGGGGUUUACCUCGCAGGGAGUCAAAUGUGAUGACUGUGGUUUCAUGGCUCACUUUAAGUGCUCCGAGCUGGUACCAGCAAAGUGCGUACCCGACCUGAAGCGGUUGCGCGGAAUAUUUGGCGUUGAUUUAACCACCCUGGUAACAGCGCACAAGUGUCGCAUUCCAUUUAUCGUCCAAAAGUGCGUGGAGGAGGUGGAAAACCACGGCAUGCUACAGGAAGGUAUCUACCGUAUAUCGGGAUUUGCGGAUGAAAUUGAAGCACUUAAGAUGGCAUUAGACAAGGAUGGCGAGAAGGCGGACGUUUCGGGGCAGGUGUACAGCAAUAUAAAUGUGAUUGCCGGUGUGCUGAAGCUCUACCUAAGGCUCCUACCCGUGCCUUUGAUAACGUUUCAAUCAUUCCCACUAUUUAUGGAAUCUAUGCGAGAAAAAUCUAUCGGCGAACAAGUGAUAGCGUUGCGCAACGCCGUUAAAGCAUUACCGCCCGCACAUCUGCACUGUUUGAAGUACAUUCUGGAGCAUCUGAACCGAAUUGCUUCCCAUCACACGAUCAACAAAAUGAACGAGCACAAUUUGGCCACCGUGUUCGCACCGACACUAAUCGCAACACCGCAGCAUAUGACCGAUCUGUCCCAGGAGAUCGGUAUGCUGGCCGCCUUGAUCAGCCACUGUCAUGCAAUAUUUUUGUAA